CCGGCUCGGGACGAAGCUGCCUCACGCUGCUGCCAGGUCAAUCUUUUUCCAUCACAGAUGCUUCCCCCCACAGCACACAAUCCCAAAAACAAACACCUGACUUUCGCUUCGCUUUACAUUUCUCUACCAUGACCGCCAAGGACAAGAAGGAACAACAUGCCUCCUAUGUUGCAGAUUAUGACGAGUCCGCUUCGUCAUCCGAUGACAUGUUCUCGUCCCGAGAAGAACGCGAUGAGGUCAAGGAAGUGCUCAAAAUGUCUGAAAAGGACACUCGCCGUGUCCAAUUGUGGCGCCUUGCUGCUACGUUUGCUCUCUUGUUGACUGCCUUUGCUGUCACCUACACCACAUACCGUUUCCUCAAGCGCGAAGAAACCAACAACUUUGAGACGGCGUUUGAACAAUUCUCGCGCACGCUUGGGGAUGCUGCCAUCGGCCAGCAGCAAGAUCUCCGUGAUGGAAUUGAAUCAUACACUGACUUCAUUUCCAUGCAUGCUCGUGGAACCAACCAAACCUGGCCUUACAUCUACAUUGAAGGUUUCGAAGUGUAUGCUAGAGACUAUCUGAACCAAGCCCACUGUGAAAUGACUUCCUUCUUCCCCAAAGUGUACCCCGAUCUUCGUGACGCCUACAUCAACUGGGCUAACGAACAUGUCCAAAGCUGGAUCUGGGAAUCUCACAUGAUCCAGAAGGGCUCCUUUGAAAGGUUGGUCGACAUUACUGGCAACAAGUCGUACCAUCCCUACAUUGCAAAGCCUAUUGGGCCUGGCCAGUUUGUCCCAGACAUCAACCGUUCCGACUACUACCUUCCAAGCUGGCAUCUUUCUCCUCCUCCUUCCUCCUAUGGCUUGGUCAAUUGGAACAUGCAAAGUACUGGUGACUACGAUGCGACACUGCCCGGGAUCCAUAAACUCAAAAAUGAAACCUUGUGCACUCGAGUCAGGCCCUACGUCGGUGUGCCUGUGGCCAUGACGGAAGAGGAGCAUACAGCGCUGCACUCCAAGCUCAAGGAUUCCAACCUACAGAACCCUCACAGCUUUUGCUUCCAUCCCAUUCACAGAGAUGCGACGUUCACCGACUCGGAGAUUGUUGGCAUCGUCGGCUUUGCCACGGCUUGGGAUGAAGCUCUUCUUGACCUUCUCCCGGACAACGUAAAGGGUAUCCACAGUGUUCUCCGGAACGACUGCAAUCAGUCAUACACCUACAACAUCCAAGGAGGGGAUGCCAUUUUCAUGGGCGAUGGUGACUUUCACGAAGCUGAGUUUGAUCAGUAUGAGGUGAUCGUCCCGUUGAACCUCCACACCCAUGCUGACUUCCCAACGACCGAAGGACACUGCCAAUACUCGAUGCACAUCUUUCCAUCCACAGAGUUCAAGACAGCGUAUGAUUCGAAUACACCCGAGAAAUUUGCCAUUGUUGUGGCUGUUACCUUUGUGGUGGUGGCUCUGUUCUUCUUUAUGUAUGAUGUGUUUGUGCAGAAACGGAAUACAAAUCUGGUUCUGAAGGCUGCUCAGACCAGUGCCAUUGUCACGUCCUUGUUCCCGGAGCACAUGAGGGAUAGGUUGGCCGAAGAGGCAGAGGCAGCUCAAAAGAAGAAGCGCAACUUGAGAGAUUUCAUCAAGGAUGAGGGCGACGUCAACUCGGGUGAUCGCUUGCGUCCAGUCUCCAAGCCGCUGGCUGACCUCUAUCUCGAGACAACUGUUCUUUUUGCUGAUAUUUCUGGAUUCACGGCCUGGUCCAGUGUGAGGGAGCCCUCUCAGGUCUUUACUUUGUUGGAGACCCUCUACCAAGAGUUUGAUGACACUGCAAGGAGGCGACGUGUCUUCAAAGUGGAGACUGUUGGAGAUUGUUACGUUGCUGUCUGCGGUCUGCCUGACCCACAAAAGGCACAUGCAAUACUCAUGGCAAGGUUUGCCAGAGACUGCUUGAGCAAAAUGGGCACCCUUACAAAGGCUCUGGAGAUCACCCUUGGACCAGACACUGGUGACCUCAGACUUCGCGUUGGUAUGCACAGUGGGCCCGUGACAGCUGGCAUUUUGAGGGGAGAACGUUCAAGGUUCCAGCUCUUUGGUGAUACCAUGAAUGUCUGCGGGAGAAUCGAGUCUUCAGGUAUGGCUGGGCGUAUCCACUGCUCCAAAGAAACGGCAGAUCUCUUGAAGCAAGGUGGAAAAGAAGCCUGGUUGGAGAAGAGGAAAACUCAAGUUGCGGCAAAGGGAAAAGGCCCACUGACCACAUACUGGAUCAACGUGAAGGGUGACAGAGAUGUUGCCAGCCUUGCUGAUGCAAGCGCUGAAUUUGAUGAUGAUGAAUUGGGCGCAACAAGAAGCUAUGGCAAAAAGAUUCUUGGCCUCUGUGACAAGACCUACCGAUUGAUUGACUGGAAUGUUGAGAUGCUCUUGCAGAUUCUGAAGCAAAUUGUUGCUCAACGAGCAGUGGCUGGCCUUGGCAAAGCUCGGUUGAAGCGAAAGUCAACAUUUGAUGACAUGGCAUCUGGCCAAACCCCCCUAGAAGAAGUCUGUGAAAUCAUUGCUCUUCCUGAGUUUGAUGAUGCGACAGCUGUGAUGCAGCAACAGGAUCCUGAUCUGGUUGUGAUACCUGAUGAAGUUGUUUCCGAGUUACACAGCCUUGUCAGCUAUAUUGCCAGCAUGUACAAUGACAACCCCUUCCACAACUUUGAUCAUGCAUCCCACGUUGUUAUGAGUGUCAUCAAGCUCAUGUCACGCAUCGUUGCACCCACCAAUCUUAACAACCAGACAUCAGCUGCCUUGCAUGACCACACAUAUGGUAUCACCAGCGACCCUUUGACACAGUUUGCCUGUGCCUUCUCUGCCUUGAUCCAUGAUGUUGACCAUGUUGGUGUCUCCAAUGCUCAGCUUGUGAAGGAAGGUGUCCCAAUCGCCAAAAUGUACAAAGGUAGAUCUGUGGCAGAGCAGAAUAGCCUGGAGCUGAGCUGGCAUCUUUUGAUGAGUGAUGACUAUGAGCAGCUGAGGUCGCUCCUCCUCCCCACAGAAAAUGAGGUCAGCAGGUUUCGAAAGCUGGUUGUCAAUUCUGUCAUGGCAACUGACAUUGUGGACAAGGAUCUCAAAGCCCUUCGCAAUGGCAGGUGGGACAAGGCCUUCAAGAAGGGUGACUGCAUCAAUCAUGUGGACAAGGAUCCUCGUGACGAGGUGAACAGGAAGGCCACCAUUGUGAUUGAGCACAUCAUCCAGGCUAGCGACAUCAGCCACACCAUGCAGCAUUGGCAUGUAUACCGCAAAUGGAACCAGAAUCUCUUUGAGGAACUUUACGUUGCCUACUUGAAUGGAAGGAUGGAGAAGAACCCCGCGGACUUCUGGUAUAAGGGGGAGUUUGGAUUCUUUGACUUCUAUAUCAUCCCACUAACGCAGAAGCUGAAGGACUGUGGUGUCUUUGGAGUCUCCUCUGACGAGUAUCUGAACUAUGCUCAGAAGAACCGCGAGGAGUGGGAAGCAAAGGGGGAGGAAGUUGUGGCAGAAAUGAUUGUGGCCUGCGAGGCCAAGUACGGGACCAAAGAAAGCAGUCUCUUGAAGGAGGCACCUCUUCUGUACCCGAGGGGAGGUCAUUCAGAGUCCACCCCCACAAAUGUCGAAAAAUUUGCCGAUGAAGUUGAUGUUUGAGGCACAGGUUCACCCAUUCGAGUUUCAUGAGUCAGGAGGUGGCACAACGCCUCCGAAUUGUAUAUUAUACACGUUUCAUUCCCUUCCGGUUUCGAGCCGCCCAUGGUACGGUACCCAGUAGAAGAGCGACAAGCCCGUUACAUGUAAUACAUUUUAUGUCAGUACUCUGUUCGUCAGUUUUG